GAUAUCUUUCUACACUGAAUUUGCCACAGCCACAGAUCGAAAGGUGCCGACAUCAAGUAUCCAUACUCGUAUUUCUCUACGUUGAUCAAAAGUUGAACGAUGAGUGAUCCGAAGAGUGGUGAAGAUUUAGCUACUGCCAUCCUUCGUAAGAAGGAUAGGCCAAAUAGAUUGUUGGUCGAUGAAGCUAUUGCAGAUGACAAUUCUGUAGUAGCACUUUCUCAGGCAAAAAUGGAUGAGCUACAAUUAUUUCGUGGAGAUACUGUUUUACUGAAGGGCAAGAGGCGCAAAGAAACAGUGUGUAUUGUUCUUUCUGAUGAUACUUGUCCAGAUGAGAAAAUUCGUAUGAACCGAGUUGUCAGAAAUAAUUUGCGUGUACGUCUGAGCGAUGUUGUUUCUGUACAAGCAUGUCCAGAAGUUAAAUAUGGAAAGCGUAUUCAUGUAUUGCCAAUGGACGAUACUGUUGAUGGUUUGACUGGAAAUCUAUUUGAGGUAUUUUUAAAGCCAUACUUCUUAGAAGCAUAUCGUCCUAUUCAUAAAGAUGAUAAUUUUAUUGUACGAGGAGGAAUGCGUGCUGUGGAAUUCAAAGUGGUGGAAACAGAUCCAGGGCCUUUUUGCAUUGUGGCACCUGACACAGUAAUACAUUGUGAAGGUGAUCCGAUUAAACGAGAGGAGGAGGAAGAAGCAUUGAAUGCUGUUGGUUACGACGAUAUUGGUGGUGUUCGUAAGCAGUUGGCACAAAUUAAGGAAAUGGUAGAAUUGCCUCUGCGACAUCCAUCUUUAUUCAAAGCUAUCGGCGUUAAGCCGCCACGCGGUAUAUUGUUGUACGGGCCACCAGGAACAGGAAAAACUCUCAUUGCUCGUGCUGUAGCAAAUGAAACCGGAGCAUUUUUCUUUCUUAUAAAUGGUCCUGAAAUUAUGAGCAAGCUGGCUGGUGAAUCUGAAAGUAAUUUGCGAAAGGCAUUUGAAGAAGCUGAGAAAAAUUCUCCAGCAAUUAUAUUCAUCGAUGAAUUGGAUGCUAUCGCGCCGAAACGUGAAAAGACACAUGGUGAAGUUGAAAGACGUAUAGUGUCACAAUUAUUGACAUUAAUGGAUGGUAUGAAACAAAGUUCCCAUGUGAUUGUAAUGGCAGCUACUAAUCGACCGAAUAGCAUCGAUGGUGCAUUGCGCCGAUUUGGACGUUUUGACAGAGAAAUUGACAUCGGUAUACCAGAUGCUACUGGUCGAUUGGAAAUUUUGAGAAUCCACACAAAAAAUAUGAAACUUGCCGAUGAUGUUGAUUUGGAAGAAAUUGCAGCGGAAACUCAUGGACAUGUUGGUGCUGAUUUAGCGUCUUUAUGUUCUGAAGCAGCUCUUCAACAGAUUCGCGAAAAGAUGGAUCUUAUUGAUUUAGAGGAUGAUCAUAUAGAUGCAGAGGUUCUGUCUUCUCUCGCAGUAACUAUGGAAAACUUUAAGUACGCAAUGACAAAGAGCAGUCCGAGUGCUUUACGCGAAACAAUCGUGGAGGUGCCAACGGUUACUUGGGAUGAUAUUGGAGGUUUACAAAAUGUUAAAAUGGAAUUACAAGAAUUGGUGCAGUAUCCUGUUGAACAUCCUGAUAAAUUUUUAAAAUUCGGUAUGCAACCAUCAAGAGGCGUAUUAUUUUAUGGGCCACCUGGUUGUGGUAAGACGCUAUUGGCCAAAGCAAUUGCCAAUGAGUGUCAAGCAAAUUUCAUUUCUGUCAAGGGUCCUGAAUUAUUGACUAUGUGGUUCGGAGAAUCAGAAGCUAACGUCAGAGAUGUCUUCGACAAGGCAAGAUCAGCUGCUCCUUGUGUAUUAUUUUUUGAUGAACUUGAUUCUAUCGCGAAGUCUCGUGGAGGCACUGUUGGAGAUGCUGGCGGUGCGGCAGAUCGUGUGAUAAAUCAAAUAUUAACGGAAAUGGACGGUAUGGGCGCGAAGAAGAAUGUAUUUAUUAUAGGAGCGACAAAUCGUCCCGAUAUUAUUGAUCCAGCAAUUUUACGACCUGGUAGAUUAGAUCAAUUGAUUUACAUACCAUUACCAGACGAGAAAUCCCGAGAAGCAAUAUUCCGCGCUAAUCUCCGCAAAUCGCCAGUAGCUAAGGAUGUAGACUUAAGCUAUAUAGCCAAAGUCACACAUGGAUUCUCUGGUGCUGACCUUACAGAAAUUUGCCAACGUGCAUGUAAGCUUGCCAUUAGGCAGUGCAUUGAAACUGAAAUUCGUAGGGAAAAGGAACGAGCUAGUAAUCCAUCUGCAUCUAUGGAUAUGGAUGAGGAUGAUCCAGUACCAGAAAUAACACGAGCUCACUUUGAGGAAGCAAUGAGGUAUGCGCGUCGUUCAGUAUCUGACAACGAUAUUCGCAAAUAUGAAAUGUUUGCACAAACACUGCAACAGUCCCGAGGAUUUGGAACUAAUUUUAGAUUUCCACAAAGUGGAGCAGGCGGUACUCAAGAUAAUACGCAAGGCGAUCAAGCCUUUCAAGAUGAUGGGGACGACGAUCUCUAUAGCUAAGUUUUCGUUUCCUUACGUCAUUACAGUGAACAUACGACAAAAGGGCCUGUUUGUUAUCACAUAACAUUUUGCACAGGAAUCGUUUUUAAGUGGUAUAAUUGAAAAAUAAAGAGCGAAUAUAUAACGAAUGAAA